UGUGGUUUACAUUGUAACAUAGAAUGGGUUGGAAAGAGAUUUCUACAACUAACCUACGUUUCCGGUUGUUUACAUUCGCUUAAAGCCGAGCAUUUCCAGGAACCCACAAGCCGUCCAUAACAUUGAGAUUAGCCGUUAAAAAAAAAGAAAAAAAAAACAGCUGUGUCGGACUGCAUUGGUUAAAAGAGAACGUCAUGGCCAAAAGUCGGCCAUAGGGCAGACAACCGGGCUGCUGGACGAUUGCAACUGCAAGAACCAAAUUGCAUUCAAACUUCUUGGUUGGCGUGGACGUCACGCACCUUUUAAGGGACGUUCAUUGCGUGUAUCUUCUACGACGUGUGUUGGCUAAUACGAGACGGAAAUUGGAAAAAACGAGAGGAUAAAGUUAUGUGCCUUUACACUUUUUUCGUUCACAGUGUUGCGAUUUAAACUUCUCCCAGCAUUGAAUGCUUAUUUUGUGUGUGUGUGUGUGUGUGUGUGUGUGUGUGUGUGUGUUCGAGAUAAAUCAUCUCGGGCUGUGCUAACAAUUUGUGCGGCAGGUCCAACUUUAGAAACAAGAUCGUGAAUUUCAUGUUGUUUCGGCUAUUGAAUUACUUGAGUAGUCUUGAUACUCAAACCAAAAAGAAAUAACAUUUGGCGCCCUUCAAAGUGUCACGUAUCUCCUCAAGUUUUAGAGGACGCAGCUCGUUUUACGACAUAGUCAGCUGUUUCCCUUUGGAUUGCACUCUGCUCGGCUUUCAGUUUUAUAGUGGGGCGUGGUUUCGAUGGAAACUAGCGACGGCCACGUCCUCGUUGCGUUUAUAGCCUCCAACGAGCUGGACGAGUUUCUUUGCGUCCUCAAACAGCAUUCCAAUCUCUCGCAUACAUCAAACUAUGGUCCCCUAGAAAAAUGAUAAAAUUAUCCGUUUAUGCCCAUCCUCUUUCCUCUUUUCUGUUGUUGUGUCGUUAAAAUCCCACGCUUUAAAAAACGAAUCACGAUUGCCACUGUUAUUUGCAUCGAUCCUUUAUAAAGUCUUAACAAAGAGUAGACGCCAUACCGACAGAUUAGUCAUUGACGUCAUCCCAUCACGCAGCGUCCCGCGUCUGUUGUUGCAAGCCGGUUGGUUUGUGUGUGUUAUUUGAAUGAUGCUAAAGUGACGUUUUUUUCAAAUUAUAAGUUGCUAAUUGCAAAUGUGAAAAAUACGAAGAAAAAUUGGGCUGACGGACUACUGGCAGGUGACAACAGAGUUGCCAACGAGGACAUCAGAUCGUUGAACAUCACGUGUCUUUCGCCCUUGAAGUGGAAAACUCGACGGCUAGAGGGAUAUCGUCACGUCAUUAUCCAAGAUUAGCAGCAGCAGGGAAUGAAUCUUGAAAUGGAACAGUUUCUGACAUCUUCAAGAUCAUCAAGUGUUUGAACGGUAAUCAGUUUGAAAAACGUCACCGCAUACGGAGUGCCACUAACUAAAAGAAUCGUCAAGCUGUCAGAGGAACCGUAGCUUUUGAUGCCCCUGAAGUUUUCCUCCAGUCUAAAAAAGACAUGAAGAGCGACAUAUAUGCGUAUGCUAUGGUCAUGCAUGAAAUAUUGCAUGGCCAUCUUCAACACCCUUGGGCGUCAGAUUUUAGUGUUGGCAGUUCUGAAUCAAUUUCGUCUCUAAUCAUUGAUGCCGUGAAAAAUGGAAGACGACCAAAAGUUGAAGAACGUGAAGAAACUCUGACCUUGUGCACCUUAUUGCAGAAGGCGUGGCACCAAGAGCCCGACCAAAGGCCAAGCGCAGAAUACAUUCGCAUUGCGAUCGAGAAAUUAGUGACGACUGUGGACGGGGAUGACGCUGUUGGUGAAGAGGGAAAAACUGGUCCGUUUAACACCCCAACGUACUCCCCAUUGAAAUUGGCUGUUACCGAACAAAGAAGGCAUUCCUUGCUUGUCAAUCAGUCUGCGUUACCUAAACGUAGACUAUUUUCAAAUAGCAUGUCAGAGGAUAGUGUUCCACAAAUUUAUAGUCAAGAAAUGGCAAAUGCCGGAAAAACGUUUCACCCAGUUGCUAGUGCAUCAUCGGCUGUUGCAGUAUUGGACAGUAACACUUCGCCCACAACACUUUCAGUAUCGUUUCACCCAGUUGCUAGUGCAUCUUCGACUAUCGCAGUAUCGGACAGUAACACUACGCCCAGAACACUUUCAGCAUCGUAUGACCCAGUUGCUAGUGCAUCUUCGACUAUCGCAGUAUUGGACAGUAACACUUCGCCCACAACACUUUCAGUAUCGUUUCACCCAGUUGCUAGUGCAUCUUCGACUAUCGCAGUAUCGGACAGUAACACUACGCCCAGAACACUUACAGCAUCGUUUCACCCAGUUGCUAGUGCAUCAUCGGCUGUUGCAAUAUUGGACAGUAACACUACGCCCACAACACUUACAGCAUCGUAUCACCCAGUUGCUAGUGCAUCUUCUACUGUCGCAAUAUUGGACGGUAAAACUACGCCCACAACACUUUCAACAUCGCUUCGCUCAGUGCACAGUGAAUCUUCGACGAUUGAUGACGUAACCAACGAUAGUCGCAGCGAUCAAGAAAUGAUAUGGCAAGGGUUCGCUUCGCGAUGCAUGAAGAAUAAAAGCCAACUGAAACAGUUUCAAAUUGAAGCAUUGUGGGCAUAUCAUUUGAAGAAAGACUGUAUUGUUAUACAAGCCACUGGAUCCGGGAAAUCAACUUGUUUCCAUAUCCCAGCCAUGAUGUUGAAAAGAAAUCAGAUUGGACUUAUCGUUGUUCCCACCGUUGCACUCGGAGAGGACCACAAGCAGACGCUGGAAGAACUGGGGAUACAGUCCGUAUUUCUUAAAGCAUCGUCCGACAGGAAGGAGUAUCAUGUUAUUCUCCAGCCUACAGAAGUUGUUUCUAAUCCGGAACAAGCAUCAAAACCAGCUGUGGUGAUAAUGCUCCCAGAAUUUCUUUUCGGGAAUGACAAUCACAAAGGCAUCAUCGAUCGUAUAGAUACCAACAGAGUCAAGUUUAUCACUCUAGACGAAGCUCAUUUGACGUUUGAAUGGGUGACGUUUCGGAAAUCGUUUGGAAAACUUCAAGACCUGAAAGAUACAUUUACUUGCCCAAUCAUGGCCUUGUCGGCAACUAUGAAACCAGAGCAUUUAUCUACAAUGUGUUCUGUCGUGUUACGGAACCCCGUCCUUUUAAAGGGAACGGUAGAACGCUCCAACGUUGACAUCCACAUUGUACCAUACCAUCACAGCUCCAAGAAGGAAACGAUUGAAGACGGUGUAGACGAUUGGUUUGCAACAGCUAACCAGAUAGUGGAGAUCAUCGGCGAAGAAAAAACAAUCGUGUACUGCUCAUUUGCUUCGGAAUGUGAAUUAUUGAAAUCCAACUUUCUUCAACUCGGAGUAAAGUGUGAAAAAUACACCGGAAAAACGACAAGUGCCAAAGAAAAGAUUGCCGUCUACAACAAAGUGAAAGUCGGCGACAUUCAACUUCUAGUUGCCACAAAGGCCUUUGGAAUGGGAAUAAACUUGCCAGACAUUAGACAUAUUUUUAAUGUCGGUUUGCCGGAAAAUCUAUCCCUGUGGCUACAAGAAUACGGCAGGACAGGUAGAGAUGGAAAUCAAGCUAAUGCUUACAUGUUAAUCAACGAACACAUAGACAUGAAGAGAUUUGUGUUUUGGAUAGGCGAAUCAAAAUCCGACGAGGACAAAUCCAAAAAAAAAGAAGAGUUGGUAGACGUUUUUCAAUACAUGUGCAAUGCAUAUGCCGGGAAAUGUCUGCGUACGUUUCAAAGCCAAUACUUUCGAGAUGAUGUUGUAGCCUCCAAAGUGUCUCGUUUUUAUUGUACUGGGUGCGAGAUAGUCGAAAAAUGUCCGCCAGAAAGCGUGAAAGAGCUGCAAAUGUUAUUGAAAGCAUUUACUUUCUUGAAGAGAAAAGGAAUCCUACAAGUUUUUGAAAACAGAAUUUCAAGCUGGCUCUACGGUGAUCACGAACGAUGGAUGAACAUGUAUUUUAAUCAAGGAGAAGCUGAGCAAGAGGCUACAUUUGGGUGUCUUUCUUCGCAAGCUAAAUGCAAAGCGGAGCAAGUAGUGAAAGUCCUAUUGCGUCAGGCCUUUGCCCUUGAAUACUUGUCCCUGAAAUUGGAAACACUACCUGGGAAGUUGUACAUACUGACCAGAACCUGGGCUAUCACGGAUUUCGGUGUUGAAAUUGGAAACCAAGAUCCACCUAACAUUCCGGAACCCAACAAAGUUUAUGCUUGUCUAAAAGGAGUAAAGCCUAAGCCUAUUGAUAUCGUCAAGAAUUCAAGUAAGAGGGCAAGAAAAAAAGAAGACAUUUGCAGCAAACUUGAGAUCCUACUGAAGGAUCCUUCAAAGUGGAGCAUUAUUGACAAUAGGGAGCAGUACACAUUUAUUGGAUUUUUUCAUGACACCUCCAAGCUUUUGUACGUGAACGAUGUCACGACCAUGAAGCAAUCUACAGGCAGAAAUUUGGAGUUCCUUUGGAAUGAUAACCAUUUGUCAAAGGGAUCGAGUUUCCCUAAGAAAACCAUCUGCAUUGGAGACAGGAAAUACAUCAUUUCAAGAGCCCCUUGUAAUGGGGUUAAGGUGUGUGAAGGCGAUGGUACAGAUGAAGAGUGUUUAACUGCUGUUUCCAACCGGAAACAUGAUAAUCCUUGCCUAAAUCAUCCGGGAGCAGCUCUUCGACACACAAGUGAAUGUAAAGGCUGCUUUAUCUACGUCACCCCAGACGACAAAACUUCAAAUGAAAGAUGGCUGGGUUUCAUGUCGACGGCCAAUGCUGCUGCGCAACACAACCAUCCAAUGCCAAUAGAAUCGAAAAUGGAUUCCAAAUUGAAAUUGGACAUAAAGAAGGCUUUGGAAGUUUAUCCAUCUGUUACACCUAAUGCAAUCAGCAAUGGUUUUGGACUGGGAUAUUCUCCCAUUGCUGCAUCAAAUGCCGCAGGAAACUCAAAAACCCUUUCCAACUACAUAUACAAGAACAAAAUCAAACAUGGCUCUGCAUCUGCAAGUGGCCAAAAUCUCAUAGAAAAUUUUGACAAGUAUAUCAAAAACAAAGUGGACAGCCAAGACACUAAGGCAUGUGUAGAUGAGGAACGUAACGCUCUAGUUCUAGAAAUGUCAUCCCCUUAUUCGAGGUUUGAGCCUUCAGAUUUUGAAGGAGAUUGUUUCUCGGUCUUUGCUACUCCGCAAAUGCUUAAUUUGUUGAAAGACGCGACAUUUGUGCAGGCGGACGUAACGUUUCCUGGCAUCCAGGGCUUUCCAUAUUUAAUGAAUAUGGUGGCCUUUAACUUCUUCACGAUGCAGUUCCAAGUUGUUGCGAGAGUAUUGAUGUCCCGCGUUACAACUACAGCCUACAAAACAGCAAUUUCGAAAAUACUACGGCUCGUCACCAACAUCCAUCCGGAGUUCGAGCACGGACAACACAUUAUUGGCUGGAUAUUGGAUUUCAGCCUGGCGCAACGAGAUGGGCUUGCUGCCAACCUGGGAGAAAAUGCUUGUGCAGUGAUCAGAGGGUGUGAAGUCCACUUCAAGCGAAAUGUUCAGAAAAUUUCUGACAAGGUGAAUUCCGACACUAUUUCCAAAUCCGUUUUCAAGAAAAUUGCUUACGUUAUUCCUAAUUUAACGACGGUGGAAGAAACUCAACUAGCGUUCGAUGUUUUGUGCGGCAAGUUGUCUUGCGAAGACGAAGACGUCAACAAUUUUCUGCUUAGUACCGUUAAACUAAGUAGUAUCGAUCUUCAAGAAGUAAAUACUUCCCAAUGGAAGAAUGCGUCUCAUUGGGCCGCCUGGUGGUCUAAACCCAAAGUCGCGAAAAUGUUUGCGAAAAGUUUUAAAGAAAUGAGCGAUGAAGAUUGGGCAAUUUGUCCAAGGACUACCAACGCCGUUGAAGCGCAAAACAAACUAUCGAAUUCAAGUCAUUCUUCACUCCUCAUAGUAGCACUGGAACAUUGGUACAGGGAAGACAAAAAGGCUUGUUUUAAAACGGUCUGUGCUUCUUUUGGAAUCACCACAGGAGUGACACCGGAAAAAAGAAAAACCAUGAACGAGAAAAAAAGACGAAAUCGGAUGAAAGUAAAGGUUACAGUGAUCAACGACUGUGACGAUGGUGAGCCACCAACCAGUACAGAAAAAUCCAAAAGUAAAAAUGAGGAAAGUACUCGUCAGAGUAAGCGUCUGAAAAAACGAAAUGAAGAAACCGAGAACGUUGGUGUAAAAGGCGUGAUGAUGCAAAUGAUUGCAAAAACCAUUUGGGUAAAGACAACAACGAAAAAAGGAGCUAAAACAAACCAACACGGUUGGUGUGAAGCGACAAUUGAGAGGAUUAACGACGAAGGAGAGUACGUUGCGAAUUACAAAAAAUGGAAAAAUAACUCAGUGAUCAUACGCGACCUUUCAGCAGACACAAUAAGAUUCAGUGAACCAGCAACUUAAGAAGAAACGAGCAGGAAGCUCUUCUUCACAUAGUUCUGCGUAGAUAACAUUUACGGCUACAGUUUAGUUUUCCUAAUUUUGAAAGACAAUUCAUUUGUUGAGUUGUAUAUGUGUGCUCACGUUUGUUUUCUUAUUUUUUUUGGAGGGAGGGGAAGUUUGUCAUCGAACGGCGUUGUUUUUAUUAAUAUGAUAAAUUGCUAUCAUAAGCAUAGCAGAAAACUCUUAUUCCCACAGUUCAGCUUUCUGCGUUUUCCUUGAAUUAAUUGACAAUUCACUUCUGGGAUUUCAGUUAUUCUUGUAUUUUAUUCUUUUUAAUUGGUGAUUGAAUAACUUUUUUCAUUGUUUUCUUUUGGUUUAAUUUGUUAGUGGCCUUUUUUUGCAUUGUUCUCUAUCAUGGUGGGUCGUUUGAACUCGGAAAUAAAUCAAUCUAGAAUUUUUAA